CAACGAUCUAUCGGCCGAGAUGAGCAGCCCAGGCGAUUAUGCCGCCGUCCGCAAGGACAUUGUCGCACAACUGAAGAAACCCGAUUACGACGAUGGAAGCGCCGGUCCAGUGUUUGUCCGUCUGGCAUGGCACUCCGCCGGUACCUACGACGCCGAAACCGACACGGGCGGCAGCAACGGCGCGGGCAUGCGAUAUGAAGCAGAGGGUGGCGAUCCGUCCAACGCAGGUCUGCAAUACGGUCGAGCAUUUCUAGAGCCAGUCAAGGAGAAGCACCCGUGGAUCACAUACUCCGAUCUGUGGACGUUAGCAGGUGUCGUGGCGAUCAAGGAGCUGGGCGGGCCCGAGGUUGAGUGGAAGCCCGGUCGGACCGACCUGGUCGAUGACUCCAAGGUCCCGCCUCGUGGCCGUCUUCCUGACGGUGCACAAGGUGCAGAUCACCUCCGUUUUAUCUUCAACCGGAUGGGCUUCAACGACCAGGAGAUCGUGGCGUUGGCAGGAGGACACAACCUGGGUCGGUGUCACACCGACCGCAGUGGCUUCGAGGGACCCUGGGUGAACAACCCGACGCGAUUCUCCAACCAGUUCUUCAAGUUAUUGUUGCAGCUGAAGUGGACGCCCCGGAAAUUGGCGAACGGGAUGAGCCAGUUUGUGUAUGAGGAUCCGGACGCGGAGGAGGGAGACGAGUUGUUGAUGAUGCUGCCCACCGAUGUGGCCCUCAAGACGGACCCAUCAUUCCGACAGUGGGUGGAGCGGUAUGCAGAGGACAAGGACUUGUUCUUUGAUCACUUUGCCAAGGCGUUUGCAAAGUUAGUUGAGCUGGGUAUCCGACGGGAUGAGAACGAUGCUAUUCUCAACACCGACAACGUCAAGGGAGGAUACAUCUCUGCUCCCAAGAAGAGCAACACGCCCACUGGACCCCCGAGGAAGCCCAAGGCCCCGCGGGCCCGGCUGUAGAUUUCUGUUU